UCUAAGACAAGAAUUUUGGGACGGAGGGAGUAUAUAUUAAGUGAGUCGAGUGACGAUGCUUGUUUUCUUUGACUACAUCAUGUGAUACACUUGUAAGUUUUAAGAGCUUUCGACUCUGGAGACAAGUUCUGCAUUGACAAGUAAUCCAAUAUAAAAAAUUAUUGGAUGAAAGGGAUUUCUACCCAAGUCCUUCAUAGCUGGCACUAUCAUACUGUCACGGAUAAGUUUUCUUCCACCUUUGAAUGUUUUUUUUAUGUUAAUGUCAUUGUUCCGCUAGCUAAACAGACCUUGUUGAUCCUCUUAGAUGUGCCUCUUUUCAUCCCUCUCUGUGAAAAGAAGGUGGGAGAUCACAUAAUAAACAUAGUGCUGGUGAGUAGCAUCGGUCCCAACAUUUUUCCCGCACCGCUUCUUAUUCUAACAAUGGGCAGUUUCUCUGCAGUUGCACAAAUAUUAUCCUAGGCUUUAUCCCGACGAUUCCAUUGACUAUGUCUCUUCCAUGUACUUCGUCAACUCCCCCCCUCCUCCGUACUGAGAAGCUUCAAAGUACAAGGAUCGUGUAAAUACUCCUCCUUCCUGAAGCUUGCAGGAAGCUAUAGGAACCAUUUAGCAUGACAAUGCCCAAUACCAAUAGCAUGUUGAGGUUUUCCCGUAUAGCUUAUGCAGUUGUUGUCGUCCUAGCCCUAGGCAGUAGAACCUGCAAUUGCUUGCAAUUUACUUAUCCCAACUUCAACACAAUCAAUAGGGAUGAUUUCAGUUUCAGCCCAGGCUCCACAAUUGCAGAUGGUGCCCUGCAAAUCACCCAAAGUACCGGAAACAUGCGCCACCAAUUGGGGAGAGUGGUCUAUGCAAGGGAAACCCUCAAGCUGUGGAACAACAAGCGGGCGGCGCCCACCUCGUUCAGGACAGAUUUCCUGCUCAACAUCAUCCCUGGUCAGAAUGGGGCUGGAGAAGGUAUGGCAUUUGUGCUCACAAACAAUCCAUCAUUGCCCAACAACAGCAGUGGCCAGUGGCUUGGCAUAUGCAAUGACACGACAGAUGGCACGAAGAUGGACCCAGUAGUUGCUAUCGAGUUUGACACGAGGAAGAGCUAUGAGGAUGACCUUGACGGCAACCAUAUCGGCAUCGACAUCAACAACAUCAAAUCUAUUCGGCAGUACCCGCUUAGUAAUGUUUCCAUCAUCCUCUCAAGUGGGUCCGAUGUAUGGGUCAGUAUCAGGUACCACGGCACAUCGAAAUUGUUUCAAGUAUUUCUAGUCCAACACAACAUCCGUGGGCGGUAUGUCUACCAAGGAGAUAUCUACAUUGAUCUAUCACAGCUUCUGCAGGACAAGAUAUAUCUUGUAUUUGCAGGUUCCACUGGCAACUUCACCCAACUGAACCAGAUAAAGUCAUGGAACUUCACCAUGAUAGAUGAAUAAGCUUGCGUUUCACUAGCCUUCGAGCAGCAAUUAGCGCGAUAUGGAGUUGUCGGACGUCGGGUUGCUCUUCAUGGGAGGGGCUCGACAGCACAACAGUUUCUGCUCCAUGACCUAUACUUCUCUCAUGGGGAAGUGAGUAUUGUGGAAAUUUGUACUAUUGUAUUGAGAGUGUCGAGUGUUCACUAUGAUGUGCUUAUGAAGUUGUAGGUUACAUUCCUGCUUGUUUUAUGGCUGAAUAAUUUUAUA